UUUCUGUCACGUCCUUCAUUCAAUAAUCCUGCUUAGUGUGGCUAGGGCCUUGUGGCUCGGGACUUCGGCUGUGCCCCUCCUCUUGGAACUAUUCAGGUAUAAAUACAUUUACAGCCCCAGGCUACGUCACCGAAUCACCCUACUAUCCCCAAAACCUCACUUACCAGGAAACGAUCAACCUAGAAACAUGUCGCAACUCAUUUCUGGGAUCGCAAAACUGAGCCCUUUCUCCAAGAGGAGUAUCGUGGACGAUGAUGAUAAAGGCGAGGCUAUCGACCAGGGAACUGUCGCUGGCGGCGGCCAUGCUUCGCGAGAAUCAGCUAUCACCAAAGAUCAACUGCGCGUCAGCAGAACGAUUCGGAAUCACCUGCUUAAGGAAAGAGUAAUAUCAGAAGCUGAAGCUGGCUUGGAUGAGGAGCAGCCGACGAUUGCAAUGCGCGAAUUGCUAGACAAACCGCAUAUCAACGUUCCCAAAGAAGUUCUCAGCCGUCACCACCCUUUGCCGAAUUACUUCAUUAGUUCGAGCCACAACACUUACCUCACCGCUCACCAGCUGUUUGGAGAGUCGCAUGCUGUUGCCUAUGAGAUUGCGCUCAACACGGGUUCUCGCUGUGUGGAAAUCGACGCAUGGGACAACAGCGACAAUAAAGACGAGCCAAAAGUGACGCAUGGCUAUACACUGGUCUCGCAUAUCCCCUUCAGAGACGUAUGCGAAACCAUCGCACAAGUCAUCGAUAAGGAGGCGUCAGAGGGGGUAAAUGCCGCCCCCAUCAUGAUCUCCUUGGAAAAUCACUGUGAUGCCCAGGGUCAAUUACGACUCGCACAGAUAAUGAGGGAGGUCUUCGGACAUCGCCUGCUCAGCAAAGCCGUCCGCGACAAGGGUACCCGUGAGGAAGAAGGCACCGGUGAACACGUUACCCUUGCGGAGCUGGGAAACAAGGUUGUAGUCAUUGUCGAGUAUCAUCUCCCCGAUGAAGCGGAUAGCAGUGAUAGCGAAGACAGCAGUGCAGAUGACGAGACUACGAAACAACAGCACCAACAGUAUCACGAGGACAGGAAGAAGACCAAUUCCGGAAUCAUUAUACCGGAGCUUGCCGAGCUCGGCGUCUAUGCGCAAAGUGUCAAACCUGUCAACAAUUCGGUGAGUGAUGCAUUCCCUACUGAACACACGCAAUUUCUAUCGACGUCUUAUGAAGAAGAUGCACCUGACAAAAACUCCAACCUCCCUAUUCAACUCAUGAAGCUCACUAGAAAACUAACACACAACAUAGUGGUUCGAAGAUACCCUCCAAAACCGCCCGCACCACCACCUCAUCAACGUCUCAGAAUCCGGCCUUAAA